GUAGAGAUUUGAUUGCCCUUCUGGCCUGCACUUGAAGGAACCAUGGCGGCGGGGGUAGCAGCGUGGCUGCCCUUUGCAAGGGCAGCGGCCAUUGGGUGGAUGCCUGUGGCCUCGGGGCCCAUGCCAGCUCCCCCAAGGCAGGAGAGGAAAAGGACUCAGGAUGCUCUAAUUGUGCUGAAUGUGAGUGGCACUCGUUUCCAGACAUGGCAGGACACCCUGGAACGGUACCCAGACACUCUGCUGGGCAGUUCGGAGAGGGACUUUUUCUACCAUCCAGAGACUCAACAGUAUUUUUUUGACCGUGACCCAGACAUCUUCCGCCACAUCCUGAAUUUCUACCGCACUGGGAAACUCCACUACCCUCGCCAUGAGUGCAUCUCCGCUUAUGAUGAAGAAUUAGCCUUCUUUGGCCUCAUCCCAGAAAUUAUUGGCGACUGCUGUUACGAGGAGUACAAGGAUCGCCGGCGAGAGAACGCGGAGCGUCUUCAGGACGAUGUUGAUACCGACAACACCGGAGAGAGCGCGCUGCCCACUAUGACGGCUCGGCAGAGGGUCUGGCGGGCUUUUGAGAACCCUCACACCAGCACAAUGGCCCUGGUGUUCUACUAUGUUACCGGCUUCUUCAUUGCCGUCUCAGUCAUCGCUAAUGUGGUAGAAACAGUGCCCUGUGGGUCUAGCCCAGGUCACAUUAAAGAACUGCCCUGUGGGGAGCGGUACGCCGUGGCCUUCUUUUGCUUGGAUACAGCCUGUGUCAUGAUCUUCACCGUUGAGUACUUGCUUCGCCUGGCAGCAGCUCCUAGUCGUUACCGUUUUGUGCGUAGCGUCAUGAGUAUCAUCGAUGUGGUGGCCAUCCUGCCUUAUUACAUUGGGCUGGUGAUGACAGACAAUGAGGAUGUCAGUGGAGCCUUUGUCACACUCCGCGUCUUCCGGGUCUUCCGGAUCUUUAAGUUUUCCCGCCACUCUCAAGGCCUGCGCAUCCUGGGGUACACACUGAAGAGUUGUGCCUCUGAAUUGGGCUUCUUGCUCUUCUCGCUCACCAUGGCUAUCAUCAUCUUCGCUACGGUUAUGUUCUACGCAGAGAAGGGGUCUUCCGCUAGCAAGUUCACCAGCAUCCCUGCUGCCUUCUGGUACACCAUCGUCACCAUGACAACACUAGGGUAGG